AUGGAACCACAUUGCUUCAUGCAAGAGAUUUGGAGGGAUGGAAAUAGACAUGCAUUUCAUGUUGUUGAGGGAGCUGUUGUCAUUAUGGAAGAAAAGCAUUCUGCAAGAAUUGAUUCUUAUUCAACUCACGGAUCACAACUUUUCUCCGCUUCACUUUUCUGGGUCCAAGAUAUGGCUUCGUAUAACAACACAGAGGUAGUAAAGAGGGGAUUAAAGGACAGAGAGAAUGAGGAAGACAAGAAAGAUGAAGAAAAGGGUGGAUUUAUUGAAAAGGUUAAGGAUUUCAUCCACGAUAUUGGUGAGAAAAUUGAGGAAGCAAUAGGGUUUGGGAAGCCAACCGCAGAUGUCACCGGGAUCCAUAUUCCUCACAUCGAUCUUGAAAAGGCAGAUAUAGUUGUGGAUGUCCUUGUGACGAACCCUAAUCCUAUUCAUAUCCCUCUCAUUGACAUAAACUACUUAAUUGAGAGUGACGGGAGGAAAUUGGUAUCUGGCUUGAUUCUCGAUGUCGGGACGAUUCAUGCACAGGGUUCUGAGACUGUCAAGAUACCAGUUUGUCUAAUAUAUGACGAUAUCAAGAGCACGUAUGACGACGUAAAGCCUGGAAGCAUUAUUCCAUACAGAAUCAAGGUUGAUCUCAUAGUUGAUGUUCCAGUUUUUGGAAGGCUUACUUUACCACUUGAGAAGACUGGAGAGAUCCCCAUUCCUUACAAGCCAGAUAUCGAUGUUGAGAAAAUUAAAUUCGAGAAGUUCUCUUUUGAAGAAACUAUUGCAAAUCUUCAUUUGAAAUUGGAAAACAAGAAUGAUUUUGACCUGGGGCUUAAUGCACUUGACUAUGAGGUUUGGCCGUGUGAUGUGAGCAUUGGUGGUGCUGAACUCACAAAAUCUGCGAUACUUGAGAAGAAUGGGAUCACCUAUAUUGACGUUCCCAUCACCUUUAGGCCCAAGGACUGUGGUUCUGCUCUUUGGGACAUGAUCAGAGGAAGAGGUGCUGGCUGUCUCCAUGAAAGGAAACAUUGA